AUGGCUGGAGGCAAACCCCGUGGUCUUAACGCCGCUCGCAAGCUGCGAACAAACCGAAAGGACCAGAAAUGGGCCGACCUUGCCUACAAGAAGCGUGCCCUUGGUACCGCCUAUAAGUCCUCUCCCUUCGGUGGUUCUUCCCACGCCAAGGGCAUCGUCCUUGAGAAGGUCGGUGUUGAGGCCAAGCAGCCUAACUCCGCUAUCCGAAAGUGUGUCCGUGUUCAGCUCAUCAAGAACGGAAAGAAGGUCACUGCCUUCGUCCCCAAUGACGGUUGCUUGAACUUCGUGGACGAGAACGACGAGGUCCUCCUGGCUGGUUUCGGUCGCAAGGGCAAGGCCAAGGGUGAUAUUCCCGGUGUGCGAUUCAAGGUCGUCAAGGUCUCUGGUGUCGGCCUGCUCGCUCUGUGGAAGGAGAAGAAGGAGAAGCCCCGUUCUUAA